AUGAUCUGUACAGGGAUUAUUGGCAGUAUGUCUGUAUUUUAUGUGGAAUUCCUCAAAGAAUUUAAAAAUACAAAAGCUGAAGUGGCUCUGGUGCCUUCAUUAGCCAAUGGAAUGUAUGAUAUUGGAGGUGUGUUGGCAGGAAUGAUGAUUGAUUCUUUGGGGUGUCGGAAGUCUGUGAUUAUUGGUGCCUUGUUGUCCUGCAUUCCUACUGCUAUCAGCUUCGUCACUUACAAUAUUGUGGCUCUUAUUUUUCUACUGGGAAUUAUCUGUGCUUUUGGAUCCUCAAUUGUGAUGUUGACUGGAAUGGUUCGAGUCGGCCAGCAGUUUGGACAUGAGCAUCCAAUUGGCACUGUCAUCAUUAGUGGGUCACACCCAGCUGGAUUCAUUAUCUUCCCUCAAAUAAUGCCAUUACUCAUUAAACUCUACACAUGGAGAGGAGCUGUCUUGAUUCUGUCUGGCAUCAUCUUGAAUGUGAUUCCUUUGGGUCUUCUUGCCACUUACGGUAAUUAA